AUGGACUUGCUGUCUGGAACCUACCUCUUGGCAGUCUUAUUAGCCUGCAUUGUAUUUCAGUCCGGUGCCCAAGAGAAGAAUUAUACUGUGAGGGAAGAACUGCCGGAAAAUGUCCUGAUUGGCAAUUUGCUCAAGGAUCUGAACUUGACACUGGACCCAGAUGUGCCCCUUUCAUCACCUCUUCAGUUCAAGCUUGUGUAUAAGACUGGGGAUGUGCCAUUAGUCCGGGUGGAGGAAAACACUGGUGAGAUAUUCACUACUGCCAACCGCAUAGACCGGGAGAAGUUGUGCUCUGGCAUUUUUAGUGAGAACCGCUGCUUUUAUGAGGUGGAGGUAGCAGUUUUGCCUGAUGAAGUCUUCAGACUGGUCAAGAUCAGAUUCCUGAUAGAGGAUAUCAAUGACAAUGCUCCCCUUUUUCCCUCAACAGUCAUUAACAUCUCCAUCCCUGAGAACACAGCCAUUAAUUCCCGCUAUUCUGUCCCUUCUGCCAUCGAUCCUGACAUUGGAGUGAAUGGCAUUCAGCAUUAUGAACUUCUUAAGGGUCAAAAUGUAUUUGGACUUGAUAUAAUUGAAACACCCGAGGGAGACAAGUGGCCACAGUUGAUUGUCCAGCAGAUCCUGGACAGGGAGCAGAAAGACACAUAUGUGAUGAAGAUUAAAGUUGAAGAUGGUGGAACACCUCCCAGAUCCAGUACAGCCAUCCUACAAGUAACAGUUACUGAUGUAAAUGACAAUCGCCCAGUCUUUAAGGAAAAUGACAUUGAAGUUAGCAUUCCAGAAAAUGCUCCAGUGGGCACCUCAGUUUCUCAGCUCCAUGCCACUGAUGCUGAUCUGGGCUCAAAUGCACAGAUCCACUUCUUUUUCAGCAAUCAGAUCUCCAGUCUGGCCAAAAGGCUCUUUGCCUUAGAUAACACCACUGGCCUCAUCACAAUUAAGGAACCACUGGACAGGGAGGAGUCACCCGUACACAAGUUAACUGUUUUGGCAAGUGAUGGCAGCUCAAUUCCAUCAAGAGCAACAGUGACAGUAAAUAUCACAGAUAUUAACGAUAAUGUCCCAUCCAUAGACACAAGAUACAUCAUCAAUCCAGUGAAUGGGACUGUGCUCCUGUCUGAGAAAGCGCCGCUCAAUACAAAAAUUGCCCUGAUUACAGUAAUGGACAAGGAUGCUGAUCUGAAUGGAAAAGUUACCUGCUUCACAGACCAUGAUGUCCCUUUUAGGUUAAAGCCAGUGUUUGAUAAUCAGUUUCUAUUGGAGACUGCCACAUUUCUAGACUAUGAGGCUACGCGAGAAUAUGCUAUUAAAAUAGUGGCCUCUGAUUCAGGGAAACCUCCCUUAAAUCAGUCUGCAAUGCUGCUGAUCAAAAUCAAAGAUGAGAAUGACAAUGCCCCAGUUUUUACACAGCCUGUCAUAGGACUUUCCAUUCCUGAGAACAAUGCUCCUGGUACCCAGCUGACCAAGAUCAGUGCCACAGAUGCAGACAGUGGACGCAAUGCUGAGAUCAGCUAUAUGCUGGGUUCAGAUGCACCUCCCAUUUUCAACCUGGAUCGCCGCACAGGAGUUCUGACAGCAGUGAGAAAGCUGGACAGGGAAAAGCAGGACAGGUACUCCUUCACUGUACUGGCUAAGGAUAAUGGGAUGCCACCAUUGCAGACCAAUGCUACUGUGACACUAUCAGUUCUGGACCAGAAUGACAACAGCCCUGCUUUUACCCACAAUGAAUAUAAUUUCUAUGUGCCAGAAAACCUGCCCAUGUAUGGCACAGUGGGGCUCAUCACAGUUACUGACGCUGACUCUGGAGAGAAUGCUGCAGUUACUCUCUCUAUAUUAAAUGGCAGAGAGAAUUUCAUUAUCGAUCCACUUACUGGUGUAAUAAGACCCAAUAUUACAUUUGAUAGAGAGCAACAAGGCUCUUACACUUUCCAGGUGAAGGCUGUUGAUGGAGGAAGAGUGCAACGCUCUUCCACUGCCAAAGUGACCAUAAAUGUAGUUGACGUGAAUGACAACAGACCGGUUUUUGUCAUCCCUUCAUCCAACUACUCCUAUGACUUAAUUCCCACAGCCACCAAUCCAGGAUCCGUGGUGACUAAAGUCUUUGCAGUUGACAAUGAUACAGGGAUGAAUGCAGAGCUCCGCUACAGCAUUAUAGGUGGGAACUCGAGAGGUUUGUUUACAAUCGAUCAGUUAACAGGCAACAUUACUUUGAAAGAGAAGGUAAUCACAGCAGAUCAUGGCUUACACAGGCUGGUGAUAAAAGUCAAUGAUUUAGGACAGCCAGAGUCUCUCUAUACCAUAGCACUGGUGCAUUUAUUUGUGAAUGAGACCAUCACCAAUGGUUCAUACGUGCAGGAGCUGGUGCGCAGAAAUAUGGAAACACCAGUGGGCCAGAAUGUUGGAGAUGGUGAGAUAACCCCACAGACCAAUGACUAUGUCAAAAUCAUCAUUGCUAUAAUUGCAGGCACCAUGACAGUCAUCCUGGUCAUUUUUGUCACUGCUCUGGUACGAUGCCGCCAGACACCCCGGCACAAGGUUGUCCAAAAAAGCAAGCAGAGUGGGGAAUGGGUCUCCCCAAACCAGGAGAACCGACAGAUCAAGAAGAAGAAGAAGAAAAAGAAGCGCUCUCCUAAAAGCCUCCUUCUCAACUUUGUGACAAUUGAAGAAUCUAAGCCCGAUGAUCCAGCCCAUGAGCAUAUAAAUGGCACUUUAGACAUUCCCGUAGAGCUUGAAGAACAGACUAUGGGAAAAUAUAACUGGGCCACCACACCAACCACAUUUAAGCCCGACAGCCCAGAUUUAGCAAAGCAUUACAAGUCUGCCUCUCCACAGCCCACCUUUCAAAUUAAACCCGAGACUCCUGUGCCCCCUAAGAAGCACCAUGUCAUUCAGGAACUGCCUCUGGAUAACACCUUUGUGGUGGGUUGUGACUCGCUCUCCAAGUGCUCCUCAAGUAGCUCGGACCCUUAUAGUGUCUCCGAAUGCAGCUGUCAAGGUGGCUUCAAGACCCCAGGCCCCAUCCACACCAGACAGGUAAUACAAAGUUUCUAG